UACCAGCCACUUCGAAACUUCUCAUAUUUUCAUACCUUUUAAUUAACUCAGAUCUGAUAUUCAAAAGCAAGUAAGGGCUGUUGGUCGACAUAUAUCCAACUCGCAAUAUAGAUUUACAGCCGAACAUCAUGUCUUCCAGCACCAACGAAUCGCAGUCCCAGGAAGCCACUUCAUCCUACCUGCAGCAGGCGUCCAAUGCUGUCAAGAACACCGUAAACAAAAUGACUGGAGCCAAUGCCUCUGAUGACAAAGAGAGCAAGAAUGAUUCCCAACCAAGCGGCCAAUACAACCAAACCAUCGGUUCCGCCAAACAAGCCGCCGGCGCCGCCAUCGGCAACGAAGACCUCCGCAAAGCCGGUGAGCGCCAAAAUGCAGAGGGGGAACAGCAAGAGGCACAUAAGCAGGCGCAAAAAUGGGGCGAAGGAGCCGGGGACCGCGUAAAGGGCAAAGUCGGCGAGUUCCUCUCUGGACCUGGGUUCGGUGGUAGCGAGCAGGAGCGAAUGGACGCUGAGGCUGAGCGAAAGAAGUAUACGCAGAUGCAUGAGGAGGGGAAAUCUCAGCAGAAGGCAGCUGAGCAGGACAUUCAAAAUCGAUGGGGUGAUGAUGGUAAGAGCGAGGAGAAGAAGUAAGCGUGUUUGAGGAGGGUUUUGUAAACUAAGGUGGAUUAAUUAUUGGGAGAGUUUCUUGCUUGUCUGAACUGAUUGUGAUACCCGGUCGGGUUAGCAGUAGUUUUUAUGUAUAUCUUUUUUCGAUCUUGACGUCUCAAUGAUAUAUUGCUCGCGUAUUACCUAUUCC